AUGGCACCUCCGAAUAGGAAACUCUCCCUUCCGGCGUCCAUUCUGCACGAGCUGGACACUCACGAACCUGCUUCUCGUACUGGUGACCGGGGCCAUGGCCGUGGUCGUCAACAACUCUCAAGAAAAGAACAACGAAAAGAAGCACGUGUUCAGAAACGCCAGUCGAGGAGUUCGGGCUCACAGCUACGUCGCGCCACUCCAAAGCAGCCGUCAAAACAGACACCAAAGCAGACUCAACCGCCGCCGCGGGGACGCUCGCGUGACCAUGAGUUUGAUGAGCCGGACGUCGAUGACGACGAAGAAGACGAGGAUGACGACGAGGACGACGAUGAUGUCGAGGACGAUGCUGGUGAGCUUGACUUAGAUGCUGGCUCCGAAGAAGACUCCGAUCAGGUCACCAUGCCAGAACGGAAGAAGGUCGUGACUGAAGAUGAUCGUGAAAUUGCCGCCUUAGAGAGGAAGCUGGGGAUGAAAGGCAAAAAUUCGUUGCCUAAAUCUUUCGAAGAAGACGGCCUCGGCGAUUUAUUGGAUGGCUUGGACGACGAGCCUGCUGCCCCUUCGAGGACGAAACGUAAGGCAGAGGGCGACGACGAGUGGUUAGCUCAAAAGAGACGGAAAGCUCAAGCAGCAGCUACUGCCAAUACGCAAGAUCUAUCGAGUGGUGGCGAAGGGGGUGGCUUCGACAGCGACGACGAUACAUCUGGAUUAGACGACGAAGAGGACGGUGACAUGGAUGUCGACAACGAUAGCGACGAAGAUGAUGACGAGGAUGACGACGACGACGGGUUCGGAGGCUUCUCUGGAACGGACGACGAAGUGGCCGAGCCCGCCAAGCGGCAACGCGAGAAUCCUUACGUCGCUCCAACCACGGGUAUUGCAAAAUACGUUCCACCAUCGCUACGCAAGCAAGCUGGCUCGGAUAGCGACGCCGAAGCCCAGCUGCGAAAGCGUGUUCAGGGGUUGAUCAACCGCUUGACGCUCGACAGUAUGAUUGGCAUAGUCAAGGACGUCAUGGCCUUGUACGACACGAACCCGAGGCAGACAGUCACGUCCACUCUGGUCGACCUGGUUCUGGCCCUCGUUUACUCAACGCUGAACCAGCCGGAUAUCUUCUUUACUACGGUGGCUGGCUUCGUUGCAGCGAUACACCGAGCCAUGGGGACCGCAGUCAGCGCCUUUUUCGUGCAGCAACUCGUCGAGGUCUUUGAAAAACACCACAAGGCAGCCGCCGGCAACCUGUCAGAUGCUGGAUCGAAGCAUCUCAUCGCUCUACUUGCCGAGCUAUACAACAUGCAGGUGAUCGGCUGCAACCUCGUAUUUGACUACAUCCGAGUGUUUCUGGAGGACCUCUCGGAGCUCAACACAGAUUUGCUGCUUAGGAUCAUCCAGCUGUGCGGGCCUUCACUGCGGCGCGACGACCCCCACGCCCUGCAGGAUAUCGUCCAUCGCAGCGGCAGUGGGAAGCACGUAUCGGUCAGAACCAGCUUCAUGAUCGACGAGAUGAAGAAGCUACAGAGCAACAAGACCAAGGCGGCGGCUCGCAACAAGGACAUCGCCGAGCAGCGAACGCAGAUCAGGAAGCGAAUCGGUGCGCUAGGUGGCAAGCAGGACGUACAACCACUGCGUGUUGGUCUCAAGGAUAUUCAGAACUCGGAUAAGCAAGGCAAGUGGUGGCUCGUCGGGGCUAGCUGGUCGGGCAACCAGAGCAGUGUGCCGUUGAAGCAGCAGGAUGAGGCCGAUGAAGUCAUGAUCCAAGUAGAAGACGACUUGGGCAUCCCCGAUCUGUGGCAGCUAGCCAGAGAGCAGGGCUUCAACACGGAGGUACGGCAGCGGAUCUUUGUGGCGAUCCACGCGGCCACCGACUACGAGAAUGCCGAUCUGCUCAUCCGGAAGCUGAAGCUGAACAAGCACCAGCGCAAGGAGAUUCCCGAAGUGAUUGUACGGAGUGGGGAGCGGCAGACUGUGUACAACCACUACUAUACGCUGGUGGCUUCCAAGUUCACGGGCGAUGGGAGACUGGGGUUCCAGUUCCGACGCGCGCUGACGAUCCGGUUCAAGAAGAUGGGAGAAGACAUCGACACGGGGGACGGCGACGACAUGGACGAGGAGGACGAAUCGGGCGACUACGAGCUCCGAUGGCUCUGCAACACGGCCAAGAUGUACGGCUCCCUUGUGGCCAGCCGUGACAUGAAGCUGGUGGACAUUGUGAAGUACCGCAACCUCGGAGCGCUGCAGGAGAAGGCACACAUGUUUGUCGAGGUGGUGCUCAUCACGAUACUCCAGGAGUGCAAGGGGGAUGCUUUGGGAGGUGUGUUUGGGGGCCUGGAUGCCGACGUUGGGCGAGGGGUGCAGUACUUCCUCAAGAAACACGUGCGCAAAACAAACCUGCUGAAGGACAAGAAGGAACAAAGGGCGCUAAAGAAGAGUUGUGAUGCUGCGAUGGAGACGUUGAGCUCGUCACUGGCUGCAAAAGCGCUCCAGUGA